AUGGGCAAGAAGAAGUCUGAUUCGGCAUCCGGAGGAGAAAUUCCAGAAGGCGACUAUGAGAAAGGAAAGAAGAUCUUCAAACAACGUUGCAAGCAAUGCCACGUAGUCAACUCAUUGCAAACGAAGACAGGACCAACGUUGAAUGGAGUCAUCGGAAGACAAUCUGGGCAAGUGGCCGGAUUCGACUAUUCUGGUGCCAACAAGAACAAAGGAGUCGUCUGGGAUCGACAGACUUUGUUCGAGUAUUUGGCUAAUCCGAAGAAGUAG